AUGUCGACCGUGGACCCCAAUCAGCGCUUUGUCAGCCCGCUCCAGGGCACAGGCCUGAGCUUGUUCGUCGUGUCUAUCGUCGGCGGCGUAUCGUCUCUGAUCGUGGUGGGCUUGAGGACAUAUCACCGGCUCCAACGGAGGAACUUCAGCCUGGACGAUGGUUUGAUGCUGGGCGGUCUGAUCAUCUACCUCGUCGAUGUGGCUCUCGCCUGUCUUGGCGCUCUGAGCGGCCUGGGCACGCGGAACGCGGACCUCAACGCGACAAUGAUAAGCGAAUCGAUGAAGUAUCUGAUGAUCUGGAUGAUGCUGUACGUGGCUGCCUUGUGCUUGGUCAAGUCAUCAAUCUGCUUCACCACCCUGCGGAUCGCCACCACGAUGCCCAAGCUGCGCAUCGCCGUCUACGUCCUGCUGGGGCUGACAAUCGCCACCUUCUUCACGACCUUCAUCGGCAUCCUGCUGCUGUGCCGCCCCGUCGAGGCCAACUGGAACCCAAGCCUCAUAGCAGAAGGUCGUGGCGAGUGCUCCCCGAUGAGCGCCAUGCUGGGCUUGUCGUAUACGUCGACUGCGAGCACCAUUGCCACGGACCUCGCCUGUGCCGUUCUUCCGGCCAUCAUUCUCUGGCAGACGCAGAUGAAGCUCUCGACCAAGAUUGUCGUCUCCACGAUCCUUUCCUUCGGCUCUCUUGCUUCGAUAUCGACAAUGGUCCGCACCCCCUACAUCGAUCACUACAACCGUCCGCUCGACGAUCUCGUCUUCCACAUCGCCAACAUUCCCCUCUGGUCCAACAUCGAGACGGCCGUCGGCCUCGUCGCCGGGUCCCUCCCCGCCCUACGCCAACUCUUCAUGCGCGAUUCCACAAAGGCGGCGUCGACCCGCGGUACCGACGGCUCGGGCGGCCUCCACCCGGCGUCCGCUGGGCUCGUGACCAUCGGCGGCUCGGGAGGGACGUCCAAAAGCAAGAACCGCAAGGGCCUGAAGUCCAACUUUGAGAUUGACGAGGCCGCGAAGGGCGACUGGACCCGCCUGGACGAGGACUCGGUGUCGGACAAAGACAGCACUGUGCCUAUCCGGGGCAUUCGCAGGGACAUGACGUUUGAAGUCGAGAUGUCGCCGCAGUCCGGGAACAAGUCGUAG